GUCAUUGUUAAUAAGAUAUUGGCAUUAUAUUCUUUUUUUCCAUCCUAGGGAACAUGCUGCAAAUGGGUCAGUGGUCAGUGCUGCUCCUGCUCAGUCUCACAUCUAUUGUCCAUUCCCAAAGCUGCAAAUGGCUUCACCCCAAACAAGAGUAUCUCAACUCACAGAUCCUGAAGGCCUUCAAUGAAACUUUCACUGUAAGAGAAACCGAUGAGAUCUGCCAAGAGCAUCGCAGUGAUCUUUCUAAUACAGAGAGUCUCUACAAUGUCUCACAGGUGGAAGCGGGGGUUCUCAUUGUGAGAGAGGUUCUGAAUGAAACCAUGAGGUUCUACAUGAAGCACCAUGAGAGUAUGGGGUGCAAGCAGCAAGCCUGGGAAAGGUUCCAGCAGCUUCUCUACUAUCAGAUCCAUCAGCUGGAGGCCUGUAUCCCAAAGGCAUCAGAGAAUCAUCUGAUAAAAGAAACAAUAUCGGAAGAAUUUAAUUUGCUGGAGAAGAUAGUCCUGGGGAAGGACAAUUCAGCGUGUGUUUGGGAUUUUAUCCAUUCGGAAACCAGAAGGAACCUACAGCAGGUUCUGCAACUCUCCUCUCGCUUGAGAAGGCAGCGCUUGUUACAGAGGCCUCAGUAGGGCCCCAACCCCAUGGAGCUGAGCAUCUUUUUACCUUUGGAUACUAUGAAAACUAUCACUGUA